UAUUUUAAUUCAUUCAUUCCGGCUAUGUGAUUCUGUAUGACUAAAAGUUGGAAUAGACAAAGGCAGCUGAGCUGCAAAGUCUAACAAGGCAGAUAUAUGUGGCCAUGUGAAGGGGUAAAAGUACGUCCAGGGAAGAAAAUGGUCAGGAGCAAAAUCCAAAGAGAGGUGGAAGCUAGCAUUUGGAAAUUGUUUCUUUAAGGAUAAUAAAAGGCUGGGUGCGUGGUGUGUUGGUUUGUCACUGAGGGCUGCUGCUAUGCCUUUGGAGUCUUUUUAGUGGGGGAUUUGGUUGGACCUUCCCAUUAUAUUUAGCUUUGAACAUUAUCAUUUUUCAUUUGUGGACAGCACAAAGCUUGAACACUGUGAACACAAUUCGAACUUUGAUGUUUCUAUCAAUGAAAACCUUUUUAUGGAGAGGAGAGAAAAGAAGAAAAAUCUACCAAAGCCAAGUCCCUCUUUCUCUUGUACAUGUUCUGUUUUGUCUUGAAGCUUUUGGAUGGAAAUGGCAUGGAAGGUGAAUGUUAAGACAUUAGAUUGGAUCUGUGGUUGUUGGGGGAGUGAAAUCUGAAAAGAAACAUAUAUCCUAAAGCUAAAGAUAGGUAUCAAGUGAGUGUUAAAACUUAUUUCCGCUUUUGCACAUGGCUGGCAGAGCACCUAUGAAAUCUAAGAGGGGUCAGGAAAUUGGUGAUAGGAUCAGUAUGUUACCUGAUGAACUGAUCAAUCACAUUCGAUCUUUUCUUUCAACUAAAGAAGCUGUUAGGACCAGUAUCUUGUCAAAAAGGUGGAGACUUGCUGAUGGGAUCAGUGCAUUGCCUGAUGCACUUCUCACUCCCAUUCUAUCUUUUCUUUUGACCAAAGAAGCAGUUUGCGCAACUAUCUUGUCAAAAAGGUGGAAAUUUGUUUGGGCUUCAAUCCCAAUUCUUGACUUUAAUGAUUACGAGUUCUUCAAGAAUGACACUGCAGAUGAGUCGACUGCACAGCAUUAUGUAAAGUUUGUUGGUAGAGUUUUGAGUCUCCAUGAUGCUUUUUUCACAAGGAAGUUUAUCCUCUGCUGUGAGUUGGAACAUAAAUCAUCAUGCAUUCAAUCAUGGUUUUCUGCUACAAUUAUGCGUAAUGUGGAGGAACUAGAUAUUAGCGUUCCUGAUUCAGACUCAGUUUUCUUGCCUCAUUGUCUGUAUGCAUGCGGAAGACUUUAAGUUCUAAAACUAGGUGGACCUUUCGUUUUAACAGUUCCUACAUCAGUGUGUCUAAACAGUGUAAAGAUUGUUAGCCUUUGUGGAGUACAGAUUUCGAAUUGCUUCUCCUUGAAGAAGCUCCUCUCUGGCUGCCCAUUGGUAGAUGAAUUAGGAAUUAGGUACUAAUGGAAAAUGCAAAAACAUUGCAUAUUAGCUCAGUUUCAUUGGAAAAAUUAACAAUGGAAAAAGAUCUUGAUGUGUGCUAAUAGUAAUACUACAGGCUGUGAAAUUGUUAUGAACACCAAAUUUGAGGUAUCUUAAGCUUUAAGAUGAAGACGGUGGGUCAGAAUACUACACUGUAAGUUCAACCUCCCUAGUGUCAGCAGAUGUUGAUGUCAGUGAUUCCCGAGAUGUCAAUGCAUUGGUUAAGCUUCUCAAAGAUAUCUCUAACAUGGUGAGGCUAAAGUUAUAUUAUUUUGAGAAAGAUGUAGGUUUGUGCUCUCUAUCUCUUUCAAAAUAUUGUCUUUUUUGCUUUACUUUGUUGAAUAGAUAUUUACCAUUUCUCAUUUGCAGUUUCUUGAAGGUGAUCAUUAUCUGAAACUACCAGUAUUUCAUAAUUUGAAGCAUUUGAAAAUUCAAAUUCCAAGUGCAUGGCAGCAUGUUGUAUUCUUCCUUGAAUGAUCACUAGUUUUAGCAGAUUUGGACCUUGUG